AUGAGGGUANCGUGCACGGCCUUCCCCUGCCAGAUCUUCAACGACGAGUUCGACUUCUUGGACUUCAGCGCCUGGGAGCACGAGAUAACAUUGGGCGGUGGAGGCAACUGGGAAUUUCAAGCGUAUGUGAACAACCGCAGCGUCACCUACACGCACGACAGCACGCUCUUCAUCAAGCCUCAACUUGUUGCUGACUGGCGAGGAGAAGCGUUCCUGACGACGGGGACCUGGGACAUGUGGGGCGCCCACGGCAGGAACGAGAGGUGCACCGGCAACGCCUUCUACGGCUGCUCCAGGGCCGGGGCUAACGGCCUCCUCAACCCCGUCAUGAGCGGCAGGCUCAGGACCCUGCCUUUCUUCGGCGUCAAACACAACGUGUUGCAGAAAGACGCUUGGCUGCCGACGUGGCAGAACGGAGAGUCCAGGAUCAGCGAGACUGCGGCGCUGCAGGUUGACUACGUCAGAGUCUGGAAGCUUUCUUAACAUUUUAAUUGGCCACAAAAUUAUGAACACUUUCGGAAGGUAAAAUUGUUACGUGAUAAUUGCUGAUUUCUUAGUACUCCAAGUAUUUGUAUCCUUAGCAUCCUCAAUAUCCUAAUUAGUAUCCUUAGUAUCCUUAGCAUUUGUUUCGGACGUAGCAGUUCCAGGCCACGAUGGUGGCCGCCUUCAAUUGUUCAUAACAUUUUUCAGAAAUUUACCGGAAACAUCUACUUUAGACUUCCAAUUUUAUAAGAAAUUUCUUGCAGAUUUUAUGUGUGUAAGAAGUUUCAAAAUGAUCGUUAUACAAGAAACAUCUACUUUAGACUU